CUUUACUUUACUUAGACGAGCUUAGACGAGACCCCACAGCAUUGAAUUCCAGAAACAGCUUGACGCAUCGUUCCCCGUAUCUCGUUCAUUGCCGCCUUUUUUUCCUUUCUCCAUCUUGAUCGAUUUCCUUUGUCCGGCUACUGCCGUGGCCGUAACGAUAAGACCGUCCCACAGCAGAUUCAAGAUGCCGGAACGAGCUCAGCCAAACCAACGCAGAGCCCAUACAAAGUCAAGGCGCGGAUGCAUUGACUGCAAGCGGCGUCGCGUCAAGUGCAGUGAAGAGAAACCUGACUGCUCGUCCUGCAUUCGACGUGGUUUGCUUUGCAUAUAUCCGGCCUCAGCAACUUCAUCGAGGCUGGAGAGCAGGAACAUAUCAGAGAGCCAUAGCCCCGUUCCAUCAGCCACCACGAACCAAUGCUCCGACUUGAAACUUGUCCCGAUUUCAGGGAAUAGCCUUUCAGUUGCAACUAUCCCAGAUUGCACCUCAACGACAACCUUCGACAUGAACGAUUUGGCUUUGCUUCAUCAUUGGACCAUCUCAACCAGCCUGGACAUUGUCAGAUGUCCACAGGUCGACUACUGCUGGCAGACUGUAUUCCCGCGCAUCGCCUCACGUCACCCGUUCGUGAUGCACGGCAUUCUAAGCCUCGCUGCCUUGCAUCUCGCGUAUAGAAAAGAAAGGACCAAGGAAAGCAUUUUGGCAGCAAUUCGCCACCACAACACGUCGCUGCAGGGGUUCCGCGACAAUAUACUGCACGUAACCAACGAAAACAGCGAGGGUCUGUUUGUAAGCUCAGCAUUGAACAUCAUUUACAUCUUUGGCAUGCUUGGACGUCCCAGCCGCAGCGACACUGCUGAAGUAGAUUCAAGUUCUCCAACCACACGCGCCCUUGGCAGUGAAUGGAUUCCUAUGAUCCGUGGAGUGCGGGCCGUUCUACAUCGCGUAUACGACCAUGUGCGACUUGGUCCGUUAAGCCCCCUGCUCGAACUUGGGAACUGGAACGAAUUGGAUAUGGAUCGCGAACUAUCGCCAGAGGACGAGUAUCUCUACCAGAUCCAGGAAACAUGGGCACUCAGCGAACAAAACGAAACUUAUAAUGAGGUAUUGCAGGUUCUGCGGAGAUGCUUUCUUUAUGCCAGCCAGUUCACAAUGAUGGACAAGCAGACUUUGGAGAAAUGGAGUUACAAUCGAAGCUGGGCAGCACCUUUGGUCUUCCUGCACUGGGCUCCAGACGAAUAUUUCAUGCAGCUGCAACAGCGUCAGCCCCCAGCGCUGAUUCUGUUUGCUUACUUUGGAGCCUUAUUGCAUGAUCUUAAUGACUUCUGGUUCUUGGAAGGCUGGGGCCGCGAUAUCGUACAAAUAAUUAAUGAACAAUUAGGUAGUUACUGGCAGCCUUGGAUGGACCGUCCUCGACAGGCAGUAGGAUUGGCUUAAAUCAACAGAUAAUGUAAAGACUUUUUCUAUGGUGUGUAAAAGUUAUUUGUUUUUAGAUAUCAUCUUAUUAAUAUAAAGAUAAUACUUCCCCUGAGUUGUUAUAUCAUGUUAUGCU